UUUAUUUGUUAUAAGUGACAGGUAUAGAUAGCUACUGUACCUUAUACUAUAGAGACAACUGGGACCAGGUGAUUCUCAGGAGCAUCAGUACAAAUGCUACAAAAACGUGAACACUGCCUACUUGCUUUAAUAAUGGCUGGGGGGACGGUUCUCUGCUGGCUUGUCUUCUUAUGCUGUCCAUCUGUCCAUCCAUCUGUCUCUGUCAAAUUACAGAGCAAGCAAGCCAAGCUUAUGGAACCAGUUGAGGGUCCCAGUGAGUAUGACGAGGGGUUAACAUGGCGCCAGGUGCAUCACCAGGUUGUGGUGAAUCACAGAUUACAGAGCAAGCAAGCCAAGCUUAUGGAACCAGUGAGGAAUGACGUUCUGACUAUAACCCCAUGGCUGGCUCCUAUAGUCUGGGAGGGAACCUUCGACCCCCAGGUCAUAGAUGAGGCCUUCAGGUCCCUCAACCUCACCAUCGCUACAACUGUAUUUGCUGUAGGGAAAUACACUCGUUUUCUCCGUGACUUCUUAGAGUCAGCUGAGAAGCACUUCAUGGUGGGGCUGGAGGUACACUAUUACGUGUUCACCGACCUGCCCGGUGAUGUGCCUGGCAACGUGACUCUUGGUGUCGGGAGACUGCUCAGCAUCGUGAGCGUGCCGAAGUUCGACCGCUGGCAGGAGAUAUCCCUCCGCCGCAUGGAGAUCAUCCAGACUGCCAUUGAGGUUCACAUCCACCGGGAGGCGCACUACAUCUUCUGCCUUGAUGUAGACAUGAGGUUCCAUGGCCGUGUGGGGCCAGAGGCUCUGGGGAGACUGGUGGCCGCCAUCCACCCCUGGUUCUACUGGUACCCCCGGAACCAGUACCCCUACGAGCGGCGAACCGUCUCCACAGCCUAUGUACCCCUGGACCAGGGAGACUUCUACUACCAGGCCAACAUAUUCGGAGGAGCGCUGGAGGAUGUUCACAGGCUGACCAAGACGUGCAGGGAGCACCUGGAGGUGGAUAAGUCAGUGGGUGUGGAGGCUGUGUGGCAGGAGGAGAGUCAUCUGAACUGGUACCUGGUGAAGAAUAAGCCCACCAAGCUGCUGUCACCUGAAUAUGUGUGGGACGACGCUAGAGGACGGGAAGCCAAGGAGAUAAAACUGGUCCGCUUCUCCUCUGUCAUCAAGAACAAGGCAGAGGUCAGGGAGAACCCAUGAGAUGCAGCCCAGGCAAAACCCAGAUAUCUCUAUCUUAAACAGGCUGAUUUUUUUAUAUUACGCUAAUUAGACUUCCGCCUGGGGCGCGGACAUCGACUGUAGAGUUUUAAAGACUCAAGAGCAAACCACUUUUCCUUCCUCAUCUCUGAGAUCUGCCACAACUCAAAAAUCCUGUUCAAGACAAUUGAGCUUGUUGUUGGUGCCCACCCUAACAGUGACAUGUUCGCGUCCCCUGAUCUUUGUGAACAGUUUUUACAAUUAUUAUCUAUUAUUUUAGGAUGUGAAACACUUUAAUACUUGUAUUGAA